CCAGUAGGAGCCGGACCGCAGUGCUGUAGGCUGGGUGCGGCGCCCCCCGCAGGGAGAAAAUGAACGGGACGCGGGGCUGGUGUUCCCUGCUGGACGUGCACCCGGAGGAGCAGACCGCGGGCAGCGUGGACAUUCUCAGACUGACUCUCCAGAGUGAACUGACAGGAGAUGAACUUGAACACAUAGCCCAGAAGGCGGGCAGGAAGACCUAUGCCAUGGUGUCUGGCCACUCACCCAGUCAUUCUCUGGCCUCAGAACUGGUGGAAUCCAACGAUGGACAUGAGGAGAUCAUUAAGGUGUACUUGAAGGGGAGGUCUGGAGACAAGAUGAUCCAUGAGAAGAAUAUUAACCAGCUGAAGAGUGAGGUCCAGUACAUCCAGGAGGCCAGGAACUGUCUGCAGAAGCUGCGGGAGGAUAUAAGCAGCAAGCUCGACAGAGAUCCAGGAGAAUCUCACCAUCGACAGGAGAUACAGGUGGUGCUAGAGAGGCCAAAUGGUUUUAGUCAAAGUCCCACGACGCUGUAUAGCAGCCCACCUGAGGUGGACACCUAUAUGAGUGAAGAUGUCGAGAGCUUGAGGAAGACCGUGCGGGACUUGCUGGCCAAGCUGCAGGAGGCUGAGCAGCAGCACCAGGCAGACCGUGUGGCUUUUGAGGUCACACUCAGCCGAUACCAGAGAGAAGCUGAGCAGAGUCACGUGGCCCUUCAGAGAGCCGAGGACAGGGCGGAGCAGAAAGAGGUGGAGAUCAGAGAGCUGCAGAGGCGCUUGCUGGGGAUGGAGACGGAGCAUCAGGCCUCACUGGAGAAGGUCAGGGAAGGGGAGGCGGCCCUGGAAGAACUUCGGAGCAAGAAUGCUGACUGCCAAGCAGAACAGGAAAAGGCUGCUAACCUGGAAAAGGAAGUGGCUGGGUUGCGGGAGAAGAUCCACCACUUGGAUGACAUGCUGAAGAGCCAGCAGCGGAAGGUCCGGCAAAUGAUAGAGCAGCUCCAGAAUUCCAAAGCUGUGAUCCAGUCAAAGGACACAAGCAUCCAGGAGCUCAAGGAGAAGAUGGCCUACCUGGAAGCAGAGAAUUUAGAGAUGCACGACCGGAUGGAACACCUGAUAGAGAAGCAGGUCAGUCACGCCAACUUCAGCACCCAGACCUGGGCCAAGACCGAGAAUCUGGGCAGCGUUAGGAUAGCCAAGCCCCCCAGCCCUAAGCCCAUGCCUCUCAUCCGAGUGGUGGAAACAUGAGCUGAGGAGGAGGAGGAUGCUGUUGCUGCUGCCUCUCGCCUGUGGAGAAACUCUGGCGCCACCCCUGUUGGCCGUGAGCACUGACUUUGACUUCCUGACGGUUCCCUGGCUGCCCUCAGGGCUUGGGGCUGUGGCCCGCGUCUGAGCGCCUGUCCUCGGUUUGCUGGGUGGAUAGAGGAUGAGCGCCUCCUCUGGACACUGCAGCCCUUGGCGGACAGGAUCCUGCUGGCAGGAGCCAGGGCGGCACCCUUAUCCCUGUAGUUACUGUUUUUCUCUUAGCAGAGCCUCCCUUCUGCUGUAGACUGGGCUCAGCUGCCCCGGGCCCUCGGCCAGUCGGGAGAAGUGAAGAGAUGACAAGAUUUGCCUCAGCUCUGGAAGGUGGAGACCCAGAUGUUGGACAGUGUCCCGGGGGACCAAGUUCCUCACAAAACACAGCGCAGUUCUUAGCAACAGACUGUUUUUCUACCAAUUCCACCCUCAGCCCAUGCUGACCCGGGUCUCCUUCAGCUUCGACUGGCCAGCCUGUCUUUCUGGGGAGAAGGGGAUGUACACUCAGGGUGUAGCUUUGAGCAGAAGGAUUGUGUAGGGCCACAGACAGUUCCGUGUGACUUCUCUGCUUCGAAGACUCCCAAAAUCUCUUAGGGAUUCCCCUAAGAUGUGGUACAAGGUACACCUCAGUCAUCUUGACUGACUUGGAGCUUAAGAUCUAUUUUCACUGGGUUAUUAUCAAUCUCAGCGAGACUCUCAUUGUAUUUAUUUUGCUAAGUUAUUGGUGUUUUUGCUUAUAUCUCACAACUGAUUCAGUAACUGAGUUCUACAGCCUUCUCUUGCGAUGUUUGGAUUGGCUCGACGCUGGGAAAAGUGUUCCCACUGGACUUCAUCUCAGAACGACAUUGUUAUAAAUCUUUCUCUUUCCUCUACCGGCUUCUUACCCCUUCCUCCCCAACACCUGAUCUCUGCCUCAGGAAGGCAAGUAUAUUCGCCCUGAGACAUCAGGUCUGGAUGUAUCUUUGGGGGAAGAGGGUGAUCAGGACUCUUGGGGAGGAAUUGAAUUCUUUUCCGAACCCCUCUACACCCCUCUGCUUCCUGUGGGUCUGUUGUCCUGGCUCUGAACGACUCUGCCACUGUAGUGUUUUGGUUAGGGCUCCUCCUGUAGCAUCAAGAGGGAGAAAAGCAUCAGUGGCACUACAGGGCACAGAAAAAUAAAACACAAACGUAGAUGAAGUCUUUAGGUUCUAUUUGGUUCAAGACCAGAAGCCUAAGUCUGGGUGUUUCUGGGUGUCGUUCUGGCUUUGUCUAUAUUGGUGUUCUGGUUUCUUCGUGCAGUUUCUUCAUUGGUAAAACCAAGGGUGUAGCCCUGGUUCAGUGGAUUGAGUGUCAUCCCAUGCACCAAGAGGUUGCUGGUUUGAUUCCCAGUCAGGGCAUAUGCCCGAGUGGUGCGCUCGAUCCCCAGUGCUUCUGUAGCAUCAGUAUUUCUAUCAUCUCUCCCUCUCCCUUCCUCUCUCUCUAAAAAAAAAUCAAUAAUAACAUAUUUUAAAAUAAAUAAAUAAAACAAACCAGGGGAUCAGACUGGUUGAUUUCCAUGGGCCUUUUCGGUUCUUAUCUUUUUUCCUGUGCUAUCUUCUUUGUAUGGUGAGUUUAAUAAAUUAUGUUCAUGUGUC